UGUAGAUCGGCGAUCUAUGCGUCGCGACACACAGAAGAAAAAAGGAGCUGUUCCUGCCCCGAUAGAUCGGCUCGAGGACAAUCUAACGCCAUGUGAUCCGUUCCGGGAUCGUGUUUCUCGUGCCGUAAAUUCUCUGUUGGUGACCGAUUUCAAUUUUAUCGUGAUUCGUGCACUCAGAAGAUCAGCAAAAUGUUGGAGCAAGAUGGGAACCAGACAGAGAAGCUCAAGUACCCGAAGUCGGUGUUCUUUAUCAUCACCAAUGAAUUCUGCGAAAGGUUCAGUUUCUAUGGAAUGAGAACUGUGUUGGUACUCUACCUAAGGAAUCAAUUGCAUUAUGGAGAAGGCACUAGCACCGCAAUUUAUCACGCAUUCAUGAUGCUCGCUUACUUUUUCCCUCUGUUUGGUGCGAUACUGGCGGAUUCAUUACUCGGCAAAUUUCGGACGAUUUUCUAUUUGAGCAUCAUUUACGCGGGAGGACAGAUCCUCCUGUCCCUGAGCGCGGCUCCUCCGAUAGGGCUCUCGCCGAGAGAAUUUUCAAUGGUUGGUCUGCUCCUUAUAGCCAUUGGAACAGGCGGUAUAAAGCCUUGCGUGUCAGCGUUCGGUGGUGACCAAUUCGUCCUGCCCCAACAGGAACGAUACCUCUCCACAUUUUUCUCCAUCUUUUACUUUUCCAUCAAUUUCGGCUCCCUGAUCUCCAGCUUCCUCACGCCUGUACUUCGCAGCAAUGUCAGCUGCUUCGGUGACAAUUCCUGCUACUCCCUGGCGUUUCUCGUGCCGGCCGUUCUCAUGAUCGUGUCCAUCGUGAUAUUCCUGCUCGGAAGACCUCUGUACAGGAUGGUCAAGCCUUCAGGCAAUGUGAUAUUACUCGUCUCGCAAUGCAUUUCACACGCGAUUUACAAGAAGGCAACGUCCAAGGAGAAACGGGAGCAUUGGCUCGAUCACGCGGAGGACCAAUAUGAGAAGCCUCUGAUAAAAGACAUCAAGACAUCCCUACAGGUCAUGAAACUAUUUAUUCCUAUACCGAUCUUUUGGGCGCUGUUCGAUCAGCAGGGCUCUCGAUGGACAAUCCAAGCGUCCCGUAUGAACGGCGAGAUCGGCGAUUAUCUGCUCUAUCCGGACCAAAUGAUGGUGGUCAAUCCCCUACUGGUGCUUGCCUUCAUUCCACUGUUCGAGACCUGUAUUUAUCCGCUUCUAGCGAAAAUUGGGCUUCGGACACCGCUUAAGAAGCUUACGAUAGGCGGUCUGCUGGCCGGUCUAUCCUUUGUCGUCUCGGCGCUGGUUGAGCUUCAACUCGAGCAAACGUAUCCAGUACUGCCAUCACAGGGCGUGGCCCAGAUACGAAUUUUCAAUACUCUGAACUGCCCCGUAAGUCUAACCAUAGAAGGGUUGCCGAAAGGGUCUUUUGAACUCAAAGCAAUGGAUAUGUGGGUAGACAAAUACGUCGAGGCGAACGGCACGAAAUCCUUGAGUUACACGGCAGACUUUUCAAAAUGCGAGACAAUGCUCGUUAACGGAAUUUCUCAAGGCAAAAUCGAGGUGUUCGAAAGGAAUGCAAUCUCCUGGGCCAUCACGCGGAAUGGCCUCUCUUACAGCUACCACGACUCGGUAGAAAAAUCGGUAUCAGGAGAUCCGCUGGUGCGUCCUCUGCUCUCAGUGGACUCUACCGUUGAAUGUAGGAUCAUGAAUGGCGAUAUAGCUGUCCAGACUUGGGAGAUAGCGAAAGAUUCGAGUGAAAUUCAUAAUCUAACAAAAAUCAAGGCAGGAAAGUAUGAUAUUUGGAUAGAUAACAGCAUAGUGCAAACAAAAGUACCGAUUAAACUCGGCGGAGUAUACACGUUAGUGGGUUACGCGCAAUCUGGCAUAAGGAAUGUCAACGUGGUAACCAUCACCGACCCAAACUCGUUGCACAUAUUAUGGCUGAUACCGCAAUACAUCAUUAUCACAAUGGGAGAGGUGAUGUUCUCCGUAACCGGAUUAGAAUUUGCAUUUACGCAGGCACCUACCAGCAUGAAGUCGUUACUCCAAGCCAGCUGGCAGCUAACUGUCGCCGUUGGUAAUCUUAUCGUUGUCAUUGUUGCGGAAGGCUCGUGGUUCGAUAAUCAGACGUACGAGUUCUUACUUUUCGCUGGACUCAUGUUCCUCGAUAUAAUAGUAUUUGCUGUAAUGGCGAAAUUCUACAAGUAUGUGGAGACACCCGAGGAAAAGUCUCUGACAGGGGAGCUUGAUAUGGAACUAAAUAACGGAACAGUUAAUUCAUCCUAUAAGGAUGACGAGAAGUGAACUGUUGACUGUUACAAGUGUAAGAUUGUGUGAUCUGUGAACGGUUUCAUACUACAUACCUUGGAACUUAAAGAACAACUUCCAACGAGCCCUGAACAUCUUUCAUUUUAAUGUUGACCAUUGAGCAUUUUUUACUACUUGGUUCCGAGAACAAGAUUUACUCAUAAUUGAUGGGAUUAAUUUAUACAGGAUUCAGUCAUUUAAAUCGACUGCCUUGAAUAUCCUCGAAGCCGUUGAUGAUACCGAGAAAUGUUUCAGACAACAGUUGAAUGGUUUCGAGGG